AUGGAGUCGCCUCUCGACUCGCCGCUCAUCUCGCCCGCAAAGGCGCGUCAAGCAGCCAUACAAGCCAAGGACUGGGCCUAUAUAAACUCCUGGCUCACUCGCAAGUACUCUCCAAAUCCCGUCCCCGCGUUUGAGCGCAAUGAAGAUACCUUAAAGGCGCUCCUUGCCAUCGCGGCAGCGAAUGACGCGGCGGACGAGGAAGCGACUCUGGUGCAUCGGGCGCGCGAAGAGGUGGUGCGAGCGUACAAAGCCAGGGAGGAGGCCGAAGACCCUCGAAAGAGAGAAUUGCUGGAGGACUUGGAGGCCCAUCUUGAUGACAAAGGAGCGGCCAGUCUCGAUGACCUGGCAGAGACGGCGGUCACAUUGGGGACCCUGAGCACGGACACUACGGAGCUCGGUCACUCGAUCAUGGAGCUGACGAGGGAAGAGUUCGAUGCUGCGGACCAGGCGCGGAAGAUUGAGGCGUUGCAGGCCUAUCUCGACAGAGAGCUAGAGUCCCUCAAACAGCAGAUCGAAGAGCUCAAGACCCAUCCAGCCUACGAGACGGCGCCCGAUCUUUCCGCUCAGACGGCGGAAUGGACGCGGAGCACCAAACUUCUAAUCGCCAAAGUGAACGAGUAUCGGGACAGGAUUGCCUCCCUGCAGAGGAAUGUAAACACCAAGGGCCCGACGAUUGAGGAUCUGAUGGUGGAAGAGGAAAACGUGAUCCGAAUCAAGGAGACCGUCAAGAUGCUAGAAGGGAGGAUCAGAUCGUUCCACGGCCUGCCGCCAGAUGUGGACGAGGCAAAGGCAGAAUACAGGCGACUGGAGAGGGAGCUACACCAACUCCAGCAGCAACGGGACCAGAUGUUCGAGAGUGUGAUCGCCAAGGACAGGAGAUGA